AUGGCUGCAAGAGAUGUGGCAGGGGCUAUUGGGCACCCGGGGUUGACCGCUCAACCACGGUCAACCGAGUCAACAGAGUCAACAAAGGGGAGCUCUGGCUUGGGGCCUUUCACUUGGCCUUUGGAUGUUUCUGGCACUGUUGACUCUGCUGGUGCUGGUGAUGCUUAUAACGAGGAUGGUUAUGGUGGAGUGCUUGAUGCUGCUGCUGUUGAUGGAGCUGACACUACGGAGAGGAGCGGAAGUGACAAUAAGGAGGAUGUGGUUAAAGAGGAGAGUGACAAUAACGGGGAUGUGACUGAACGGGGUCGUGAUUAUAUGGCUCUUGCUGCUAAGGACGUCUCGUUUGCGCUCAUUCCACGUGGAAGCAGCCCAUUGGACGAGAAGAGAGGGGGGAAAGGGGGCAAGGAACAGUGGAACAAGGAGGGGGCAGCGGAGGGAGGUGUAGGGGGAGCAGAGGAAGGGAGUGUGAAGGAAGCAAAGGGAGGGAGUGUGAAGAGGGAAAGGGUAGAGAAGAUGAAGGGAGCAGAGGGAUGGAGGGUAGAGGGGGCAGCAGCAGGGAGGGUGGAGAAUGCGAGUAACAUCGUGUCGGUGAAUGUGAAUUGGAAGGUGGGGGUGGCACCGGGGUCGGCGGCGUGUGUGGGGUUUCAAGGGGCGGACAAGACGUCAGUAUGUCCGGCGAUCGCCAUUCACCGAUCGUACGGCGUGCAAGUGGGAGCGGUGAGAAUCGACCUCGCCUCCUCUUCCCUCACCUCCCUUGCUACCAUCUUUCCGCCAUCAGGCACGGUCUAUGGCGGAGUAGACGUGGUUUGGAGCAUGAACGGCACGGUCUAUGGCGGAGUGCGGAGCAUGAACGGUACAGUGUACGGCCGAGUAGACGUUGUUCGGAGCAUGAACGUGAGGGUCGAUUCCCUCAAGAUCACAGCCCCAUCCCUCCCCUCCGUCGCCUCCCCCGCGCACAUCCGCGUCGCGCUAUCCGGCAUCGGCCCGUCGCUCCUCAAAUCCAACGUGCUUAUAACGAAUAACGAGGUGUACAACGCGCGGAUCGGCAUCGUCCUACACCGGGGCGCGGUGGGGGUGGCGGUGGCGAGUAACUACGUGCACGGGUUCACAGGCGCGGGGAUCAUGUGUGGCGCCGGGCCGAGAUUUGUGGGAGACUGCAUGCUGGUCAAUGUCUCCAACAACGUUGUCCAAGCUCCCUGGGGUGCCAUGCCUGGCGCUGGGAAAGCGAUUGGAAUCGUGUUCUCAACCCACUGGAUCAACCCAGGCCUACCCCUAUCUGCAGCAGAUCUGCACCCAAACCGAUGUGAACGGCGGCAUGGUAUGCAACCCAGACUUCGGGCUUAA